AUGGAGGCGCUGCCGCUGUGGAGCCUCUCGCUCCUCCUCGGCGGACUCCUCUUCCUCCUCUUCGUCCUGAAAUGGUGGAGGAGCGGCAUCGCAGAGGUGGAGGAGGCGGGGCCACGCGGGAAGGGGCGUGACCAAGAGGCGGAGCCAAGCGGCCCGGGAGACGAUGCGAAUGGCGAAGCGUCCGCCAGAGCGUCGUUUAUGAAGAAGCAGAAGCAGCUGCGACUUCGGAAAGAUAAGCCACAGCAGCACACCUUUGCGCAUCCGCUCCUGGCAGCGGCGCUGAAGGGCCACAGCGGGAGUGUCACCUGCCUCGACUUCAGCAGCAACGGGAAGUACCUGGCCUCCUGCUCCGACGACCGGACCGUGCGCAUCUGGAGCACCAAAGACUUCCUGGAGCGGGAGCACCGCUACAUGCGCGCCAACGUGGAGCUGGACCACGCCACCUUCGUUCGCUUCUACCCAGACGCCAGAGCGUUCGUUGUCUGGCUGGCCAAUGGGGACACUCUCCGGCUCUUCAAGGUCACCAAGAAGGAGGACGGCAGCUUCACGUACGUCGCCGUUCCGGAGGACUUCCCCAAGCAGCACAAGGCCCCUGUCAUCAACAUCGGAGUCGCUGACACAGGCAAAUACAUCAUGACUGCUUCCAGUGACACCACCAUCCUGAUCUGGGACCUGAAGGGGGAAAUCAUGGCCACCAUCAACACCAACCAGAUGAACAACACCUUUGCUGCUGUCUCACCAUGUGGAAGGUUCGUUGCCUCGUGUGGCUUCACUCCCGACGUGAAAGUCUGGGAGGUGUGCUUCACCAAGAGCGGAGACUUCCGAGAGGUGGCCAGGGCCUUUGAGCUGAAGGGCCACACGGCUGGCGUCUAUUCCUUCUCUUUCUCCAAUGACUCUAGGCGGAUGGCCACAGUCUCGAAGGACGGGACGUGGAAGCUGUGGGACACGGAUGUCGAGUACAAGAAGCAGCAGGACCCCUAUCUCUUGCUGACGGCGAAGUGUGAGGUGGCGCACCCCUGCCGCAUCGCCCUCUCCCCGGACGCCCGGGCCGUGGCCAUCUCCAGCCGCACCAGCAUCGCGGUGUACAACACCCGACGGGGCGAGGAGGAGGAGCGCUUCGAAGGGGUCCACGGGGAGCACAUAACGGACUUGGCCUUCGACGUGAACAGUCGCUUCCUGGCCUCCUCUGGGGACCGGGCCAUCCGCGUCUUUCACAAUGUCACAGGCUACCGGGCGGUUGUGGAGGAGAUGAAGGCCAUGCUGAAAAAGGCCUCCAACGAGUCGACCAGGGAGAGACUGCAGCAGCAGAUCGCCAGCGCACAGAGCGCACUGGACAGCAUCUACGGCAAGCGCGACUGAGCGAGGAGAGGCUCCGGGGCUGGGCUUUUUUACAUCAUGCAUCGGGGAGAGUUAGUUGAAAGUAAUAAUAAAAUUUUUGCACAACUCUU